GGCCAAAAGAGUCCGAGUUCAAACAAAACUUCAUUAUUAGACGUUGCGGGGCACUAGACAGUAGUAAACUUCUUCUGUAUGUCUAUACUGUAUACAUAAAAAUACUAUUUUGUUUUCAGAUUUCAUACUGUUCUGUAACGAAAUCAAUUUUAGAGGCUGGUUUACGCCCGGAAACAUGGUAUGUGUUAGCAUAAGUGAGUCAUAUUUUUGGACGUACCAGAAAACGGUGUAACUGGUAACUUUUUAAAUGAACAUUAGAAAAGAUUGACUAUUUUAGUUCUCGACUAAAGCAGCAUGUCUUACUUGGAGUGGGCUGAGUCUCAGCUUGCAGAGAUAGAGCUGCUAACCAGCAUGUUCCCCACCGUGGAGGAGCUGGAGUUCACUGACCAGCUGGCACUAGCCGAGCUCAGGGACUACGUGGAGGGCUCAGCUUCAACAGGCGGCCCUCCACCGUCCAGACCCCAGUUUCUCAUCAAACAAAAGCUGGACUCUGCGAACACAGAGGGGACGGUGUUCAUUCUGUCCUGUGCUUACCCAUCUGAAUAUCCUAGUGUGUUACCAGAAAUAACAGUCCGGUGUUCUGGUCUCAGUAGGGCCCAGCAGACACAGCUCCAGGCACUUCUUAAUGCAUACCUCAUGGAAAACUGCCAGGGGGAAAUAUGUGUGCUCUCUGCUGUUGAAUGGGUGAAAGACAACCUCCAGCUUUUUAUUGAUAAGAGCUUAUUAGAAGCCCCAGCUCCUAAGAAGGAGUCUGCCUCACCUCGGAUGCCCGAAGUGUUCAGCCGGCUGUGGAUCUACAGUCACCACAUUUACAACAAGUCGAAAAGGAAGAACAUCUUGGAUUGGUCAAAGGAGCUGGGCCUGUCAGGAUUUAGCAUGCCUGGGAAACCUGGUAUUGUGUGUGUGGAAGGUCCUCAAUCUGCCUGCGAGGAUUUCUGGUCCAGAGUGAAGGUUUUGACAUGGAAGAAGAUCAUGAUUCGACACAGAGAGGAUAUUUCCCUUGAUUGUCAGAGUGAGGACAGCAGGCUUGUUGAACAUAUAGACUCCCUGCGCAAAUUUACAGGCUUUGAAGAAGCAAUGUUUGACCCCCAUGGAAACAGAGGCAAUCACAUGGACCUUGGGCAGCUCUACCAGUUCUUGAAUGAGAAAGGCUGUUGUGAAGUCUUUCAGAUGUAUUUUGGCAUUGAAGGGAGGUAGUAGUCAGACCGAGAUAAUGGAUGACAAGGCACCAGUUUUUGUACUGGUGCCUUGUCACUGAAAUUACUUAUUCUGAAAAUAACUUUUAAAUGAAAUGGGAAUGGAAUAAGCUGAUAAAAUGAAACAAAUUAACUAACUAACUUUUUGAGUUUCAAAGUUGUCAUACCUGCAAAAUUCACUGGAAUAAAAAGCAGAAAGAACAUUUCUGCAAUUUUGAGGAACAGUUUUCAUUUCUUUCUUCUUCUUUUUUUUUAAUAGGCACAUUUUAUCAAAAGAAGGAAGAAAAAAGAUGUUUAUCUGAGAGUUUCCUCAAGGACUUUAGUUAUAUUUGCAAUUUUAAUACUCCUGCAUAUCACGAAUUGCCCCAGGUGUUUAUUUUCUGAAAUGGCACCAGUGUGUUAUUACUACGGGGCUAUUAUAGGAUUUUCAGGUUUGAUAACAUUUUAAUAAUUGAACAACAUUGUCAACAAAAUGUUGGAUAUCUGUUUUUUUAAAUCUGUUGAUUUUCUUUUUAUGAAUUAUAGAUAUCAUAAGCAUGGAAAUUCUUUCUCCAAUUUUCUUUGAAUGAUUAGUUGUUAGAUAAAUUAUGCGUUGCUGUGGAUUAUACACUGGCAAUUAAAACGUGUGGUUAUUUAUCAUUAAUCUUAAUUUCUCCCCCACCAAGCCUUGGAUGAAAAAAACAAACAAGUUCUCUUUGUUGAUUCCCCUCUGGAGUUGUGUCUAACGUAUUAUGAUAUUAAUGGAUAUUCUUGAUUUUCUUUUUCUUUUCUUUUUUUGAUGCAAAGUGCACUCCUUAGAUACAGCCUUUAAAAGGUAUCAAUUCACCAUUUUUAUCACAUAAUAAUAAAGAAAUACAGAAGAAUGUAAAGUCUUCAAACGAGUCUGAACACAGAGUAAUUUAAUUUAGGAAGUUAGAUUGCCAAAGUUAUAUUACAAGUGAGACAUGUACUUUUAGUAAUUCCUGUGAUUAAUUUAGUAUUAAAACUAACAAUAAAAGGUAUGAUUAAGUCUGGUUCAGUGCACAGUUCUACGCUGAAAGGAAAUAAUACAAAUUGAAGACAAAGUUGAUGUUUAGAUACAUGCAGAUUGCACUUGCAGACUCUGUUGGUCUACACUGUCCAGCAGAUGGCAGCAUAACAUAAUUAAAUUGGGGAAACAAGGAAACAGUAAUAUCUUAACUUCCUAAACAUGUUUAAUAAAAUCCUAACUUCUGUCUAAAAGCAUGAGAAAAAAAGCUGGAAUAGUAAAGCAAUUAUUUGAAUUAAUUGGUGUUCACUUGUUACUUAUGUGAAAACUGACUACUGUGAUUUACAAGCUCAGACAGUAUGGAGUGCUGUAAAAACGGAGGGGUUGUAUCUGCAUUUGAACACAAAUUAAAGCAGCCAAAACAUCACAAAGUCCUUUACAAUCUCCAUUUGUGAUUUUUUCCAAAUAACAUUUGAAAUAUUAUGUGUUGAACAGAUACUAAAUCUAGAGGCAGCCAUGAGCAGGAGUUCCUCACCUUGAUUUUAGUCCCAAGCCUCCAUUGUCCUGUGAGAUGCUGGUUCAUUUUACAGUCUUUGUGCUGCUUCUUUUGACAGUCCCUUUUCUGCCCCUGCUGAUUUUAUGGGUUCUUUUGUUCUUACAGUGUAUAUUCACUCUUGUCAGAGGUCUAUUGGAACAAGGACUUCUGACUUUUAUCUUCAAAGUCUCAUCAGAGAGCCCUUCUGUUUCUUCGUUGAAGAGAGCUUGACUUCCAGGUGCAUUCACAUCAUCUGAUUCCUCAGGAUCCUCAGUAGAAUACUGUAAAUCAGAAGAAGUGACCCCAUCCAGAUCCACAUUAUACAUCUCUGGGUCUAAUAAUCCUUCAUUAGUUAGUGCCUCUAUAUGAAGGUCUCUGCACUGAAUCAUUCAGCGGGGAUGUGCAUCAUUACUAUACUCUGUAAAGUUAUGACUAAUGAUGUAAAUCACAUCACAGCAGCUUUGAUAAAGGACUGAAUCAUGGAGUAUGGACUGCAAAUUACUGUAAGAAGCAGUCAUGUUUCAAUAAAGUAAUUUGGUUUUCAUGUUAAAAGUAGACUCACAGAACAGCAGAUGACAUAUCCUAAAAACUGACCUGAAAAUGUGCUAAUUCUAAGGAAAUUAGUCAAUAAAUGCUUGAUUUAUGGCUAAAUAGAAAGCUUUGUAUGGUUACUGUCAGACACUGUAAGUGUCCUUUCCCACUUAUUCCUUGAAUAGGUGAGCUGACGAAUGGUGCUUGUGAUGUUCCAGCACGUGAUCGCGACAUGUGACAAUGACUGCUGUUCUAAAGUCAUGAUAAAUUUAUGCCUUGAAAUAUGAAUGCCAAAGUGUGAAAUGGCUCCAUACCGUAGUCAUGCCUGCUCCAUCAGAGGUUAAUUGGUUUCUACCUGCAAGCUGAACCUCAGUAAAUGUAUUUGUAAUAGUUCAUUGUUACAAUUAAGAUCUUAGGGAGUGGAAAACUGUUAUUGACCUGUACUGCAGCUCUAGUGCAAAUCAUUAAUACAUGUUCACAGAGUCAAUACUAACUUCCUUCUUGCUGUAAGUAACCUGUAGAUUCCUUACCUUUUUACCUACUGGUAGAUAGAGAGAGCAGUCCAGUGAUUACUAAAGAAUAAGAAAGCAUAAAUAGAAGCACAAAUAAUAUUUUUUACAUAAAAAAUAUUAAGCAUGGUCUUUUUAUUGAGUAAAAUGAUCCAUUAAUACAUAUCUGUGA